AUGCCUCGAGUCCUUCUUUGGGCCAUUCAGAUCCAGUCGCUACUACAGAUUAUCAUCAACCGAAUCUCGAUCCUCAUGGUCAACCGACACAAUGCAUGGAAGCUCAAACUCAUUGUAUUCCUUGUUCUUCUGGCCAUCAAUAUCAGUGUUUUCUGUGUCUGGAUCCCAGCCAGAUUACAGAUAAGUCCCAAAUGGAUUGCUGUCAACGCUGUCUGGGAUAGAGUUGAGAAAUGCAUCUUCUUGAUUGUGGAUGCUGGUUUGAACUUUUACUUCAUCUACCUCGUUCGAUCUCGCCUUAUCGCCAACGGUCUCACCAAGUACACUCGAUUAUAUCGUGUCAAUCUGUUCAUGAUUGCUGUAUCGAUGACAAUGGAUACUAAGGUCCUGCUCAUCGCAAUGAUGUCUCUUCCCAACGAUAUCGUCUACCUUCAGUUCCAUCCUCUGACAUACCUUGUCAAGCUCCACAUCGAGAUGAACAUGGCCGAACUAAUUACCAAGGUGGUCAAAGCCAGCAACCCCAAUGGAUACGACUACUCCGAUUCACGAUCUCGCUCUGGUCAAAAGAGCGGAAAGACAACUACUGGAAAGAAGAUGGGCUCUGUCUUUCCAGGCAACAACCAGACCUUCAUUGAAGCAGGCGGUGACAAUAUUGAGUUGCCUCAGAGGAAGGAAGACGGUAUUCAGGUUUCCAGAACUUUCAAGACUACGCAGAUCGAGGUCGUCAAGGAGAAUCGGGAUCGCACCGAUUACGAUGAUCUUGAGAGCGAGUCGAGUUCCACGCGACACUUGAAGCGAGAACCACUGCCAUUUCCCGCCGAAUAG